CGCAGUUCGGGCAAAGAAGGCGAAUCCGUGCUGCCUUUUCCAACCGGCAUCGCGAGGUUAAAAGAAGCUAAUCCACGUGAGGCCCCGCCUCCCAACAUGGCGCCCACGAGAGGAGUUGGACCACGACUCCCAGAAGCCUUCGCGCCACGGACCGUUUCCCACGCCGCGCUUAAAGGCGCCGUCCCGAUUCUGCCUUGCGUCAUCUAAGCGCGCCGCUUUUGUCUUCGCAGCGGGAGCGUGCCUGGGUCAGAUCCGGCAUCUUCGCGCACGCAACGUGUGAAUGUGGGACAAUGCAGGGGGACCCAAAUCCCCCCGAGUCCCUCAUUGACAGGACCAUCAGGAUGAGGAAGGAAACGGAAGCCAGGAAAGUCCUCUUGGCCUGGGGAUUUCUCAACCUGUCACUCGCUGGCAUGAUCUACACGGAAAUGUCUGGGAAACUGAUAAGUUCCUAUUACAAUAUUUCGUGCUGGAUCCUCUGGUACGUUGAACUUGGCUUUGCCUCUUUGUUCAGCCUGAACGCCUUAUUCGAUUUCUGGAGGUACUUCAAAUAUACCAUGGCUCCUACCAGCUUAGUCAUGAGUCCUGGCCAGCAGACGCUUCUGGGAUUGCAGAACGCAGCGGUCCAGACUACGCCGCCCCGCGAGCUGAUGCCCAAGAAAACGCCCCCUUCGCCCCCCUCCCCUCCCAUCCAGGGGCAGAGUGUCCUGAGCUACAGUCCUUCCCGCUCCCCCAGCACCAGCCCCAAAUUUGCGACGGGUUGCAUCUCCGGAUACAGUCCCCAGCUGCAGGCCUUGUCGGGAAGCAGCGGAUCCUACGGUACGGUGUCGAGUUACUCUCCGGGAAGCAACUACAGUAAGGCGCCCCCGUUCAGUCCUUCUCCGGGGCCCUUGAUGUACCCCGCGAGCAUUGGGCCCAUGGAUAGCAGCGGGAUGAGAUCCAGAUAUCGCUCCUCGCCCACCGUCUACAAUUCUCCCACGGGGAAAGCCGACUACAUGACGGAUUUGAAGUCGCUCGACAGCUUCCUUCGAAAUGAGGAGGAGAAGCAGCACAGGGUGCAGCUGGGGAGUUCGGAUUCCGGCUCUCCGUCCAACAGCCCAACUUUUUGGAACUACGGUCGCUCCACGGCCGACUAUGCCCAGAUGCUCCGGAAAUUCCAGUACCAGCCGGCCUGCAGGUCCCAAGCGCCCUCGGCUAACAAGGACGAAGCUGAUCUAAGUUCCAAGCAAGCCGCCGAAGAGGUCUGGGCACGCGUGUCGAUGAGUAGACAGCAAUUCGAUCACAUGGAUUCCUGGACAGCCAAAUUCAGAAAUUGGGUCAACGAGACCAUUUUGGUGCCGCUGGUCCAAGAGAUUGAAUCUGUAAGCACUCAGCUGCGGAGAAUGGGGUGUCCAGAGCUGCAGAUUGGAGAGGCCAGCCUGAGCAGCCUCAAGCAAGCCGCUUUGGUUAAAGCCCCCCUCAUCCCCACCCUGAACACAAUCGUGCAAUACCUGGACCUGACCCCCAGCCAGGAAUAUUUAGUCGAAAGGAUCAAAGAGCUUUCCCAAGGCGGGUGCAUGAGUUCGUUCAGGUGGAACCGAGGCGGGGACUUCAAAGCGCGCACAUGGGAUACGGAUCUCCCCACCGACUCUGGAAUCCUGAUGCACGUCUUCUGCACGUAUCUUGACUCCAGGCUGCCCCCCCAUCCCAAGUAUCCCGACGGGAAAACCUUUACCUCCCAACAUUUCAUUCAAACCCCUGAUAAACCAGAUAUGUCGAACGAGAACCUGUUCUGCGUCCAUCAGAGCAGCAUCAACCCUCCCCAUUACGAGCUGAUUUAUCAACAGCAGGUUUACAAUCUUCCUAAGGGCAGAAACAACCUGUUCCACACACUGCUUAUGUUCCUGUACAUCAUCAAGACCAAGGAAUCGGGGAUGCUGGGGCGAGUCAACCUCGGAUUAUCCGGCGUGAAUGUUCUCUGGAUUUUUGGAGACUAGCUGGUUUUUCCCCCAGCUACAAACUCUUUUUAGAUAAUUCCUUCUCUAGGAUGGGAAUUUAACUCGGAGAUUGCACUGCCUUGAAUUUAACUGCCAUGCAACGACAAGAGGUGCUUUAAUUUUUUAUUUCCACAACAACAGAAGAGUCGAGAAAUAUAUUUCAAGGCCGUUUCUGCGCAGGGAGGUUUGAACAGAAGGAACGUCGAAUUCUUACUCGCUGAAGGAGUUGCUUUUUGGAAAAUUUGGGGCGAAAUCAGCUUGAAGGGAGAUCUGGUUUGCUGCCCUCCAUUGUUCAAUCUGGAGUCCAAACCCCAAACUACACUUUUGAACCAAAUCUUGAGCCCCCAAAUGUACCAAAGGAUUGUUGCUUUAAUAAGAACACAAAUCAGAAGAAAAAACUGAAAGGAGAUGUUAAAAAUCCGGAUCCUGUGUGGAUUUUGCUUUUCACCCACCUGAGCUUUUGACGGCUAGCACCGAACAGUUGUAACGUGUUUCCUUACGUUGUGCGCGUGAUUUCUAAAGUGAAAAUAUUUCUUUAGUCCCUUUUAGAUCCGGUUUUCGCUUUGAGAACACUCCAAAACUUUUUAAAACUUUAUUUUUUUUAAAAGGUCUCUUUUUGAACAGGAGGAUUCUUGAAAAAUUGAACUUCGCACUGUCGGUCCAUCGAGAUUUUUGGUGGAAAAAAAAAUAGGUUUUUGUGUAACUGGAUAAUGGAAGAAGCGACAUUGUUAGAAUAAUGUACU